AGAGAAAUCGGCCGCUCUCUGUGUCCGCCGCUUUAGGCCCAGCCUCAGCCACGCCGUGCUGUCGCCGCUCCUCCCCCCCGGCAGCGGAGGGAGGCUCCUCCCCGGGUCAGGAGGGGCCCAGGCGGGCCCGGGGGCGGGAGCAGCCGCCAGCUGUCAGAGGAGGCGCGACGGGCGGCAGCGCGGGAACAGAGGAUCAAUGGAAGUACCAUCCUGGGCCCCAGCAGUGGGUUUCACCCUCCUGCCCCAUGCAGGAGGAUAUUUAGGAAGAAAUAUAACCAAAAGGGAAAUUCCAUCUUGGUAUAUAUAUUUACAGAAGCCAUCCUGGUGUCCACCUAACUGGGUGUUUGCUCCUGUUUGGGGAACUCUCUACACAUCUAUGGGAUAUGGCUCCUAUCUGGUGUGGAAGGAAUUGGGAGGCUUCAAUGAAAAGUCAGUGGUUCCCCUGGGUCUGUACGCAGGGCAGCUGGCAUUAAACUGGGCAUGGACUCCUGUGUUUUUUGGAGCUCACAAAAUGGGAUGGGGGUUGGUGACUCUUGUGCUUACAACUGGUAUGGCAACAGCUACAACUGCUUCCUGGUUCAACAUCAACAAGACAGCAGCUUAUUUGAUGAUUCCUUAUUUAGCUUGGCUAACCAUGGCUUCUACACUGAAUUACCGUAUCUGGAAGGACAAUGGCAAUAAGAAACAACCUGAAUAAGGAGUUUUCAGCCAAAAGAGUUCUUUUUUCCCCCCACAAGAGUUUUCUACAUAGAGACAUGACAGUUUUAUGUUUUAGCUGAAGUACUUAUGCCAUUAGUUUAUACUAAUUACAGGUUGACAAAGCAAUAUUUGUUUAAAACAAGUACACCGUUACCAGGCAAGUCAUAAAGGAGUGCCCACCUAACUGGGUUUUACAGCAAACUAAAAAGGUAGUGCUGACUGAGAAGUAGGAGCUUUGUAUAUCACAGCAUUAUAGUUUAUAUUAUAACAGCAUUUUAACUAUUGCCAGGAAUAAGCACAAACUCCCAACUUCAUUAUGUUCCAAGGAAGAAAUCCAGCCAGACACUACCACAGCUUACAGAAAGCUGCUCCCAACAGUGACAGGCCUGACUGCAGUGUGACUAAACAGUGACAGGCAUGAUUUUGGCCUGAAUUUUUCAUGUUUACCACUCGACAUGGUGCCUUUAGUGCUAUGAAGUGUUCCACUACAGCUGCCAGAUAUUUAUCUUCUGGUCUUUAUUACUCUGGAAGUGUUUUUAAGAUGAGCUCUUUCUUGCCUUUUGUGCCUUACCACUUUGAAUCGUUGUGCAAUCCAGUGUCAGCUAAAUGCAUUAAACUACAUGGAAAUUUGACAA